AUGUCUUCUUCAUAUGUUUGGGUUCAGCUCUACUACAAGCAUGAGGGAAGGGAGGAUCUCGAGCUGAAAGGAGGCCGUUUCGACAUUGGUAUUGCAGACAUCAAGAAUGGAAAUAUUAGUGGCCUGACAAAGAAGGUCAAAGAAGAACGGCAAGUUGCCCUUAGCCAUUGUGAUGCGGCGGAUCUUUCGGUGUACCCCGAUGGAACCACAUCUUUCUCUCAAGACAACGCGGUGGAUCCUGGUGGCGAUGUAUCACCCGAUACUACCUCCAAGCAUCCCUUGAUCGUGGUGGCAUCCGCUCCGAAGCAAGCAGAUGCUUCAGGAGUUUCGGCAGACCAGAUCAGUUCACUUGUUGCUUUUGCACAGGAAGAAUUGGAUAACAGGACGAAGCACAAGGCCAUAUCAGAAGCAUCUGUGCAAUUUGCUGCAUCUAUAUUGGCUGGGAAUGGUAUCCAGACUGUCGUGGAGGACCCUAUCCGGGAGGCUGGGUCCCUGGUUCAUCCACCGAAGUUUUCAUGGGAAGUAAGUGAACAUGCCGGCACGCCUGGAGUGAUGAAGUGGGCUAAUGAACACCUGCUGGCUGGGGAGAAAGAAUAUGGCCUCAAGGUUGUAACGGGUGCAAUGUUUCCAAAGGUGAAAGGUAACAGGAAAAGCACCGCCGGAAAAGGUGACAUUGCCAUUGGAAAAUUGGAGAAUAUGGAGUUUUAUGAUCAUGGCGGAAAAGCGUGGGAAGAUUUCAUGAAGUUGAUCAAGUCUGCAGAAAUACGUCAACUUCAAAACCCUCCUCCACCUUCACUGGCAGCAAUCAAAGAAGACAACAAGGGCGAAGAAGACGAACAGAACUUGGAUGGCUUUGCCAUACCAGCUCACGAAAAAAAAAGACAGAGAGCAUUGGAUGACCAGGCAAUGCUAGAACGCAUGGCUGAUCACCUUGGUGAGCUCUAUGGUGAACGGCUGCAGUUGUCCCGUCGUGGGCUCAUGCUGAAGCAAGGAUUCCUGACUACUAUUUCUAGAAUCAUGAAGGUGUUAACAGAACACGCUUAUUACGGCAAAGUACUAGUAUCUAUCUUGUGGUAUCAAACUUAG